AUGACCUCAACAAUAGACAACCCUUCCAACCUCCAAACAGGACCGACACCGUCCAAGCGAAAAUCCCCCGAGGAAACCGACGCGUCAAAAGCCUCCUCCGCCAAAGUCCUAACCUUCACCUCCCGCAAUCCGCCCUGGACCUACCUCAAACUCCAACUAAUCACCCAACCACCGACAUCAACAAGCCAAUCCCCCCUCGACCCUCUAACCGCAAAAACCCACCUCACCGCCGCCCUCGCCCAAUUCCUCGGCCUCACAGGCACAGCCAUCCCGCUCGACAUCCUGAAAAUCGCGCAGGAGAGCCAAGCGCAAACAGUCUGGAUCCGCGUCCCAUGCUCGGAUGCCGCGGCCGUCGUUGCUGCGCUGAGCUCCUGGAUCGGUGGCKGCGGGGGGAGUAAAUCUGCGACGGCGACCGGGGGGAGCGUGGCGUGGCGGGUGUGCGCGAAGGGGAAUUACCUCGGGGCGGUGAUACAUGGGUCUGGGGGCGAUUUGUUUGUCCCAUAG